AAAAUUGCAGGAUGGGGGCCACGGUGUUCGUGCAGCCCCUGGACCUGGUGAAGAAUCGGAUGCAGCUGAGCGGGGCCGGGGCCAAGGGGCGUGAGUACCGCACGUCCCUGCACGCCCUGGGCUCCAUCCUGCGCCACGAGGGGCUCAGGGGCGUCUACACGGGGCUGUCAGCGGGGCUCCUGCGCCAGGCCACCUACACCACCACCCGCCUGGGCAUCUACAGCGUCCUCCUGGAGCGUUUUGGGGGUCCUGACGGGAGCCCCCCACCCUUCCUGGCCAAGGCAGCCAUGGGGAUGACGGCGGGGGCCGCGGGCGCCUUCGUGGGGACCCCGGCCGAGGUCGCCCUGAUCCGGAUGACGGCCGAUGGCAGGCUGCCCCCUGGCGAGCGCCGCGGGUACCGCAACGUCUUCGACGCCCUCGUGAGGAUGGCGAGGGAGGAGGGGGUGCUCACCCUCUGGAGGGGCUGCAUCCCCACCAUGGCCCGCGCUGUGGUCGUCAACGCCGCCCAGCUCGCCUCCUACUCCCAAUCCAAGCAAUCCCUGCUCGACUCAGGGCAUUUCCGAGACGACAUCCUGUGCCACUUUUGUGCCAGCAUGAUCAGCGGGCUGGUGACCACGGCCGCCUCCAUGCCCGUCGACAUCGCCAAGACCCGGAUCCAGAACAUGCGGACGAUCGACGGCAAACCCGAGUACCGCAACGGGCUGGACGUGCUGGUCAAGGUGGUGAGGUACGAGGGUUUCUUCAGCCUCUGGAAAGGUUUCACCCCUUACUACGCCCGCCUGGGCCCCCACACCGUGCUCACCUUCAUCUUCCUCGAGCAGAUGAACAAGUGGUACCAGCGGCUCUUCCUCAGUGCCUGACCCCCCACCCACCCCCCUAUCCUGGGGGAGGGGGGAAAUUGGGGGCAUCUCAACCCCCACCCCCCCCCCUCAACCCUGGGGAGGGGGAAAUUGGGGUAUCUCAACCCCCCUCCCUCCCUUUUUCCCCUCAGGGGGAUCUGGGGGUAGGAGGGGAGGGGUUUGUAGGGUUGUUUGUGCCCCCCUCCCCCAUCAGAGUGGAGGGGUCUUUGGGCCCAAUUUUGGGGUCCCCUCCCCCACCCCAGGGGGCCUAUGGGGGUGGUCCUGGGGUCUGUAAAAGGGGGGUGUUUGACCCCCAAUAUA